AUGGCCAGCGCGCCAUCACCGACCCCGCCAUCGGCGCACAGGCAGCGCUUUGCACGCAGGCUGCUCCUCGUACAGUACAACGCCCGCCUCCCGCCACGCUCCACCCGCUUCCGCUGGCCAGACGCCCGGACCCUGCUCGCCAUCCAGCCCCACCUCUACAGCGACCUCCUCGACCCCGCCAGCUCGUCCUCGCCUCCAGUCCCCUCGCCCCAACAGCCGCCAUCCGCCUCGUCGUCAUUACUCGUGCAUCCGAAAACAAAGACCUACCGCGCAACGCAAAAGUACGAAAAGACGUUCCUGCGCGAGCUCACGUCGCGACUGCAGGAUGCCGUCGACCAGGAAUCCGCUCGCCUCAAGGCGGCCGGCGGCGUAGACGAGACAGAGUACCCAGAAGUUGACGCAGCCCUCCUCGAGCGCUACGCAGAGCUCAUGGCAUGCGGCUCCAUCGCAGGGACGCAACCGGCCACGCGAGACGGCGCAUCAUCGAUGCUCCCGCCCGAAUGCGAGCACGUCACCUACCUGUGGCAGACCCCGAGCAGAAGUCUACCUUUCGGCGAUCACGAUAUCUGCCAAGGCGAGGACAGGUCGGCGCUGCUGCGCGGCUUUGCAGCUGUCACGGUACGAGAAGAGGGCUCGGCCAUUUCAAAGGGCACCACCGGACUCAAGACGUGGGAGGCCUGCCUGAGGCUGGCAAACUACCUUCUCGUCCACCCCGAGCUCAUCGCCGGACCCGACCGUCGCGUACUCGAGCUGGGCAGCGGGGCUGGCCUGCUCGGCACUGUCUGCGCAAUCGAACAGAAACUCAAGAGCCGACCGGAUGACAGCCCGAGCUCGUGCCGACCCACCGGCCAGACAUGGCUCACGGACGUCCCCGGCCAGGUGCUCGACAGGCUCACCGAAACUAUGGAAAUGAACGGGCUCAGCAGGCACGGGCCGUACCAGGCUUACCCGCUCGACUGGGUCAAGCUGCGAGAUCAAGUUCAAGCCAGAGAAGCCGCGCUUGCUCCGGCCGACGACGACGGCGAUGACAUCCUCGACUUUCUCGCCAGGAUCAAACCCAAACUUGUCCUCGCCGCCGACGUCGUCUACGAUCCAGACCUCACAGGCCCGCUGGCAAAGACGAUUCGAGUCGCUCUCGAGUCGGCGCUCGACGGCAGCGACGCCAAGGCACUGGUCGCCUCGACCAUCCGCAACCCGGCCACGUACCAGACUUUCCUUGACGCUCUCGUCCACGAAAACCUCAUGUUUAGCGCGAUACCCAUUGAGCAAAAGUACAUGGACCCGCCACUCGACGACGCGGAAGGGAUGGAACCUGUGCCGUUCUUUCCAUCUGUCCACGAUCCGGCAUGCGACGGGACGGUGGAGCUGCUCGAGAUACGCCUGCAGCGCUGA